AUGGACGUGGAACAGCUCGGCUCCUCCAUGAAACCUAAACAUUUAGCUUCAAAUAACUCUUCCUCCCCUGAAAAAGCCACACAGCUGCUAAUAGGCGACACAGGGGACCUGAGCACAACUCCUGGUGCACAUACCGACCCCCGUCCUACCGGCGAUGCUGAUUACUGGGCAGCUGGGAUUGCGGCCCGUCGCGAGGCUCUGGCGGAAGAUGCGGCCGGUCUCCCGUGCUUAGCCCAGCGGGACCUCUCGCACGCCUACUGA